AUGGAUGACAGAUGUGUCUCCGGCCUUACUUCUCUUCUCAUGCUGUCGUCAUCUCUUCCUCACUGUGUCCCGCCCUGCUUACCACCUUGUCUCCGCCCCCUUUCCUCUUCUGCAGCUUCUUCUGCAUCUUCGUCGAGGGCGCCUAAUGGGGCACCGGACCUGCAGGAUGUGUGCGGAGAUCGCUCCGUGCUAUUGUUGCAACUUCCUUGGACAGAGAAGCCGCCGGAGUUGUCUUCGAGCCACGUUGCCUCCAAUGGACACUUCUCUAAUCCGUUCCUCUCUCAACCUCCCCUCGCUGGGAACCUCGCCUGCGUCUCGGCUGUCGUUUGGGCGGUUGGCGAAGAACCACCGGAGGCGACUCCGGAAGCCCUGAGGCGCCUCGAGCCGCCCGAAACUUCUGAAUUCGUCAUCAGCAAACGUCUGGUGCGCAUCGGUGGAAGCGAAAUUCCCCCAGGCUUGAGUGACGCUCUGCUGCGCACGAGGCCAGGCGAUGUAGCUCGGGUGUACAUUCAUCCCGACAAGGGCUUCAAGGGCGUGUAUCCGAGAACGCUUCGUCAAGCAGUCGUGGAAGACGACUUUCUUCUUGCCGACGUCUGUCUCCACUACUGGACCCUCUUUGAGAAUCUCACCCCCUCCCCUUCGCGUUCUUCCUGUCCUCUCGACCACGCGCUUUCUUGGGCGUCUCCGACUCGGUGUGCGCGAUUUGACUCUCCACGAUCUUGUCAACUCUGUCCUUCCGCGCUCCCCGCCAACGGAGGGGACGCGGGGGCGGAUCAGAGGGAAGGAGGGACAGAGCGGCACAGCGGCGCAAUCGGCGACAAAGAAGAGAGAGGGCAAGCAGCUGAAGAGGAUUUUCCGAAGGAUCUGGUCCUCUUUUUUGCGUAUGACCGAUUGAAACGUGACAGUCACGUGUCGAAUACGUGGCGAGAUGAGUCCUCGAACGUUUCGUUUUCCUAUCACACCUUCAGCGGGCAGUCUACAACAGAUACCCUUGAUCUCGCUCGUGUUCAGGUUUCGUUUGCUCUUCCUCGUCCUCAUUUCCUGCCCUCUUCUGCUCGGUCUCCUUCAUCUCCUCCCUCUGCUUCCCUCGCUUCUUCUCCUUGUCCUGAUUCCGCCGUUCCUGCUUUCCGACCGUCUGCUUCGACUUCCCCCCCGGUGUCUCCAUCUCCCGUCUUGUUUCAUGCGUGUGCAUCCUCUCUAGAAGAAGACGAAACAACUCCACAAGUGUUUGAGUUUCUUCUCGACGAAGAGGAAGCCCCUUACCGAGGGAUCGAAAGCCUCGUCAGGAACCUGCGCGUUGGUCAAGCUGGAGACGCGUGGCUCUCUGGCCAGUUUGCUGCGCCUGGGAAAACGGCAGGCAGCGAGGAGACGGACCGGAAUGGGACCACCUGCGACGGAGAAAAGGACAAGGCCAGUGGCGAACAGGGACUCCAGAAAUCAAACGGCCAGCGAGCAGCAGCAGACAAAGAAGAAAGAGCAAGGGAGAGAGACGGGCAAGAAGGAGAAAAAGGGAAAGUUGCAGGAUCGAGCGCAGGAGCAGCUGAGGAUCACCGACACCGAGAAGCAGGGUUCAUCAACAUGGGCGACGACCAAGCAGGUUAUGUCCGCGCAAAAGUGUCUAGAAUGCAGACGCCCAUGAACAAAAAUGCAGAAGGCGAAAACAGAGGAAACCUGUCAUGUUGUGCGCCCAGCGGGUGUUCAUCAACCGCCGCACGUUCGCCGACUGCCUCCCCAGUCGAAAAACGAGCACCCGUAGAAGAACAAGACACUGAUUCACAAGCAGAAGGGUGCGAGGAUGCAGGUAAAGGAAGGGGAAAGAAAAACGAAAACGCAGAAGAGACAGAGGACGACACCGAAGCGCAAAGAGAAGACUCACGUUCAGCCCAGUGCUGUCGACUUCUCCGAGGCUUUGUCGUGCGCGGCAUCUACCCACUCCCCGAGCCUCACCACUUAGCCACACCGGACGAGAAAAUUUCGAUGGCGAAAUUCAUUCGCGAAAAUGGAAAUUGCUGGUUUAAAAAGGGCAAUUUUGAACGCGCCCUCCGAAGAUAUCUCAUGAGCGAGAAAUAUCUUGAAUAUCUUGGGGGAGGCGCUUCUGAGAGCGACACACAACGAGCUCGCCCGGAUCUUCACGCAGUGCGUUUGAACGCCGCGCAGUGCUACAACGCCCUCGGCAAAUUCGAUCAGGCCAAGGGUUAUUGUGAAAAGGUCCUCAAGGAGGAUCCCGAAAAUGUCAAAGGUCUGUGGAGACUUUCUGUCGCAUUCGCCGGCCAGGGAGACUACCUGGCAGCCGAGAGAACUGCUCAGCAGGCUCUUGCGCUCAAACCUCAGAACGCGGAGGUGCUCCAGUGGGUUAGCUCUUUGAAGAACCGAGGAAAAACAGAAGACAAACACCUGCUAGGAGGUUUCAAAGGCAUCUUCUGUUCAUCGGGGAGGGACGAAACAGAGGCAACAAACUAG